AUGCUGGAGCCUCAAAUAGCAGGCUUCCGGUUUAACGGGCUAAUGCUCACCUCGUUUCAAGUCUUCUUCCUUCUCUUCCCCAUAAUCCCUCCCUCCUCUCUUAAGCAGGUUGCUUUAAAGACUUACAUCAACCACCCUUCACUCCAGGGUAUCUUCCUUUCUCUUUUCAUCAUCAUUGUCACGUUCUUUGUCAUCUCUAUCUUUCUUUUGCUUCCAAUGCGUUUCCGACGCUUCAGCUAA